GCUGGGCUCUAGCUGCGGAGCGCGCUUCCUGUGAGGUCAGGUGGGAGGAAGCGGCCUGGGAACCGCCGGGAGUGGACGCAGGCGAGACACCGGGAGCCGCGCCCGCAGGUUUUUUGAGGUCUGAGGCAAGGUACAGUCCAGCAGGGACCCAUAGCUCCUGCAAGGAUGGUGCGGAUCUUGGCCAAUGGGGAAAUUGUGCAGGACGACGACCCCCGAGUGAGGACCACCAACCCCCCACGCAGUAGCACCCCUAGACAGAGCUUUCUCAAUAGGGGCCAUGGUACCCCCCUGGGGGGUCCUGGCCCCCGUCAGCAGCAGGCGGGAGCUAGGCUGGGUGCUGCUCAGUCCCCCUUCAAUGACCUCAACCGGCAGCUGGUGAACAUGGGCUUCCCACAGUGGCAUCUCGGCAACCAUGCUGUGGAGCCGGUGACGUCCAUCCUGCUCCUCUUCCUUCUCAUGAUGCUCGGCGUGCGUGGACUCUUGCUGGUGGGCCUCGUCUACCUGGUGUCGCACCUGAGUCAGCGGUGACCUCUGGGGGCUGGUGGGCAGGUGUGUGGGAGAGGGAGUUGCUGGGCCUUGGUCUGAGUGCAGGUACAUGGGGAGGGGAUCUAGUGGUGCCUUGGGGGUGUGCUCAGAGAACGUGUUUCCGUGUUGUGUUAGGCAUGAGACAGAGGGAGCCUCUAGUCCAGCAUUCCCAAAGUAUUGGGUAGAUACCUUCAUUCCCUUGAGAUGUUUUUGGGUGCAUUAAGCACAAAGUCAGAGCAAGAAAAGGAUGCCCUUUCCAAUUUUCUUCCAAUCCUUUUAUGGCAAGAAGAAAGUCUCAGCUUGGUGCCAAUAUGUUCUUAUGCCUCUGGUACAUGUGCUGAUGCUGACUUCCCCUGUUACUAGGGAGCAGGCCUGGGGUUAGCGCAGGUGGGAAAAGUUUCCAGACUUUUAUAGCUCCGUUUUGUUUUAAUGGUAUAUUUUUAUUGGCUACCUUUUAUUCUUGACAAGUGGUAUUGGCACUCUACUUACUGUGGUGGAAUUUUCAAUAAAUAAAUUCAAGUAAAGAAA